AUGUGGUUUCCUUAUUAUAUUCAAUUUCUUAUUUACUCAGUAGGGGUAAAUGUAUUUUUACUUUUUACAUGUGUCAUUUACUAUAGUGAUGUUUUCCUAACAAAUUUCAAUAGAAAUUUACUUCAGGAAUAUGAUUAUAUUAUAGUUGGCGCUGGAACAGCGGGGUCCUUAAUUGGCCAUAGAUUAGCUACCGAGACAAACUUUACUUUCAUGGUUUUCGAAGCUGGUGGCAGAAGCCAUUUUCUCUAUGAAAUACCAAUUAUUGGGCCGUUGCUUCAUGGGUCGGUUUAUGAUUGGCAGUUCGAGACCACACCACAGGAGAAUGCAUGUUUAGCAAUGGUUGACAGAAAAUGCAAACUAACACAAGGAAAAAUUGUGGGUGGAUCAUCAAAACUGAACAACAUGAUACACAUACGUGGCAACCUUUCUCAUUACGCAGAAUGGUUUCAUGGAGUACACAAUGAAGAAUAUAUUCGGCAACAUUUUGAUUUUUUAGAAGAAUACUUUCUUAAUAUAGAUGAUAUACCAUACCAAAGUGAAAUGACUGACGCUAUAUUAGAUGCUGCCAAAGAAUUAGGGUACGAGAAGCUAGAUAAACAUUUCAAGAAAGGAUUUAGCAAAAGCAGAGUGACCCAUAAAAAUGGGAAACGAUGGACAACUUCGGACAUGUUGGAUUUAAAUAAACACGUGACAACGAAUGCUCUAGUUGAAAAAGUACUAAUUAUUAAUAACAAAAGCUUUGGAGUCAGUGUGCGUAUAUCGGACAAGACACAUAUAGUGCUGGCAAGAAAAGGCGUAAUUCUAUCUGCUGGGACUUUGAAUACGCCAAAAAUUCUUCAAUUGUCCGGGGUUGGACCUUCAAAAUUACUCAAAUCGUUGAACAUUCCUAUAAUACAAGACUUGCCAGUAGGACUCAAUCUACAAGACCAUGUCGGCUCAGGAUUGGAUUUGAUAUUAUUAAAUAAAACUUUGUCAGUUUCUGCUGCAAAUAUAAUUAAUCCAUUAAAUUUAUUUCACUAUAUUCAAGGAAAAGGACCAUGGACGAAUCCAGGUUGCGAAGUGUUAGGAUUUUUAUCAACGAAAAAUUUAACUACGCCUGACAUCGAGAUUAUGGUCCUUCCAGUAGGCAUUGCUUCAGACAGAGGUAGUUUAUUAAGGAAACUUAUAGGUAUAAGUGAUGAAGUAUGGAAUGAAUAUUUCACAAAAACAUUUAAUUACCAUACGGCAACUUUCUUCACAGUUAUUUUGCAUCCUAAAAGUAAAGGUAAUGUGUUUAUUAAGAGUACUGAUCCAGAAAUACCACCUUUAGUUAAUCCCAGAUAUUUAAGUGCAAAAGAAGAUGUAGAUACUUUAAUAACCGGUUUAAAAUUAGCAAUUAAGUUUAUAAAGACUGAUUCGUUAAAAGCAAUUGAGGCUCAUUUAAAUACAAACUCCUUUCCAGGGUGUACACAAUUUCCAUUUUUUUCAGAUGCGUAUUUGGAAUGCUACGUCCGGCAUUUGACGUUAACUAGUUACCAUCCCGUAGGAACUUGUUCCAUGGGUUUGUCAGAUUCUAAAAACUCUGUUGUUGAUACAUCUUUUAGAGUUUUAAACAUUCAAAAUCUGUACAUAGCUGAUGCCUCAAUACUGCCAACAUUACCAAGUGGCAACAUAAACGCAGCUGUUACCGUAAUGGCUAACAUAUUUUUUGAAAAAAAUAUAAAACAUGUAUCACAUAAUAGUGAUAAAGUUUUUUACUGCCAUAGUUAUGAUCAGAUAUAUCAAUAUUUAUUCAAAAUAUGCAGCUUAAAAUAG